AUGAAUCAGCCGCGAGAGAUCUGCAACUUCGACGUGGCCGUAGCCUUCGUGAAGAGACUCUUGGAACUGAAAGCCGAACAAGAUGCUGAGAUGCAACUGGAGGUGGUGUACCACUGGACUCGAGAAGAGAACGUCGCCACAAUUGUUGAGAACAACCUGCGCCCUCCUGGUGCCGCAAACGCAGAUGGAACCGCAGUGAAAGUUGUGAAUGGAGAAGCAUUGGGACGAGGCAUCUAUGCUGCAACCAACAUCGAGUUCGGUCGCUCCUACGGCUUCGGCCUCUCCUGCGCCUUUCUGUGCUUGGCAGUGCCAGGCAUAGUUCGAGCUGAGAAGAGAAGCGGCCAUCGCCAUCGCCAUGGCCAUCCACAGGGCCUCUGCGAAGGUAGUGAUUGCUACCGCCAUGGAGAAGUGCGUGUCUACCGGAGAUCCGAACACGUCCUUCCCCUGUUCUUCACCGACGCUUCGCAGGCAGCCAGGCUCAAAGCCUGUGCAGUGGAGAUCGCAGAGUUUCUCAUUUCAAAAGGCCUCGGAGCCAAGGAAAAGGAGACCACAAAGGCCUUCAAGGUGGGGCAGACCGUGUUAGCGCUUUGGAGCGGUGUUUACUGGAAGGCCCGGAUUGCCAAGGUGCAUCCUGGUGCCUACGACGUCCAAUGGAUGCCUCCUUACGGUAGCUGGCCACUCUAUCGGACUGCUCAGGAUGCUGUGCGCAGAGACGGGUAG